UGAUGAUAGGUUUCACUAUAUCUGGAUAGGUGUGGUGUUGUACUCUGUUGAAUGGAGUUGAAGGGAUAUUAUAUAUUUUACAUAAAAAGUAGUUAAAAACUCAAUUGUGUAGUGAAGUGAAAUGGCAACAUUUUCUUAUCUUUUUUUCUUUAUUAUAUUAACUGUGCAUGCACAAGAAAAUGCACACAAAAAUCUUCUACCCUCUCUUCGAGAGUGCUAUGAGAACAAAUAUCUUUUAGAAAGAGAUAACAGAUUACCACACACCUUGGAUACAUUCAUUGCUAUACUUCGUAAAAUUGAAAAUGCAGAAGGUCUUAAUAUGGAUCUGAGAAGUUUGUCUGUUGCACUUUUACAUCGUUUUCGACAAGAUGGUAUUGCACCAAAUCCUACAAUUCCUAUUCAAGAUGGAGUAACACCUUAUGCACCAAAUACCUUCCAAUUUUUCCGUUAUUCCCAAACACUACGUCUUAUACCUGGAAAUGCUAUUCUGUUUCCCAACAAUAGUAUCACAGCUGUUGAAAGAUGUACACUGCACUUCAUGUUAUCGAGCAGUGUCGAAAUUUUUCAAAGAGAAAAUGAGGCAAAUGUUUGCAGAUUUGCCAGCUCAUAUAGAUAUCCAAGAAAUGUUAAGAACAAUAAAGAAGGGACCACUGAAACUACUAUUAAUGAUGUAGAAACUUUGUCAUCUGAUGAAAUAAGAAGCAUGACUCACCAUAAAAAGAAGGGUCAUCCUACAGUAGAUCCAAAUUCGUUGUACCCAGAAUUACCACCUAAUCAUCCAGACAUUGCACGAUUUUCUGCAUUACCACCUAAAAGCAAAUGCCCUGUAGAAAAUGGUGUUGUAAAAACUCUAUGGGGUGCAGUUUCUAUUGGUUCAGUACUUGCUGGAAUAGCUGCAGCUACACAACCAGAAACAACUAUGCUUUAUGAUUUACAGCCAGAUGUAUUGCAAAAGAAUAAUACACAAUUAACAAGUGUAGCUUUAAACAACAAAUGGAUUGCUACUCUGGCUGGAGACUUAGCAGAGGUAGCUUUAAGACAAGGCCCUACAGGAGACAAGCUUAGCGUCGGAGUAACUGGUAAUUGGAAUUCCACUGCUUUGCCACGGUGGUAUUUCUUAAGUUCCAAUAACAAAUUUGAAAUGACAACAGCAGAAAUCAGAGGAGAUUUAGACGGUUUAAUUUUGGCUAACGAAAUUAACAAAAGAUAUUCUAAUUUGCCAAGCUUGAGACUUUCGCAAAUUUUUGAUAUGUAUUAUAGUUCAUUGGGAUUCUUUGAUGCUUCAAUUAGAGCGUGCGAUAGGAGAACAUUGUUUACAUCAAUUGCUCCUAAUGAAACAAUGGCUGCACAGACAUACAGUGCAGCUUUAUUAUUGGAUCCUGAUAUAGCACACGCAACACUUGAACCUGGGAUAAUAGAGAAAUUUUCAGUGCAAGCAGUAAACGAAUUAGCAUCAUAUGUGCCUUCAGCCAUGAACAAGGAUCUUUCGUGCACAGACACAGAUAGAUUGAAUAAUUUCAACCAAAUUUCUGUCGAUUUGACAAUCAUUUUGGAUACGAACUGGGAAUUCUCAGCUAUAAAAUCUAUUCUAGCAACUUUAUUGGAGAACAUCGACGUGAAUCAAUAUAAUUCCAAUUUCACGUUGAUAAAUGGUUAUGAUGGAAGUGUAAUGAUUAACAGUACAUUCAACAUUUUGGAAUUUCAAGCUUACAAUUUAUCCCAUUAUGCAAACAUUACUCAUGGUUUUAAUUUAUCUAAGUCGCUGAAGGAAUUAGAAGUGUACUUGAUGAAUAAAUUGGACAAUGAACGUAUUGUUGGUGUUGGUGUUGCACGAUCUAACGUUGUUUUGCAAACUCUCUCACGAAUGCGAGAACAAAUCCCAGACACAACGCUACUUAUCACAACAUAUAGAUCGAAAGAUACAUGGUCUGAUUUCGUAGUAAAUCAUGCGACUGAUUUAUUUUCUAUUAGUAUUGGGAAUACGGAAGAAGCUUUGACACCGAUAACGAAUAUGGUUUCGAGAAUAAAACAAGUUCCUAAACGCUUGAUCAAUACACAAUGUGGAGCAAAUAAUAUUGCAAGUGGACCAUCAAAUUCGUUUGAUGACUAUAUUACACCAAAAGGUGUUACUUUCUAUAAAUUACAUCCUAAUUACUUCUUUCAUGGUGAAAACACUGCAACAAUAAAGAUUCAAGGCUUCACUUCAGAUAGUUUAACUGUGUGCUCUUCACGAGAAGUUUUACACGUUAACGCGACAGGAGGUCAAUCAAAGUCAUGUGCAUCAAUCACUAAUGAUGUACAUAGCAUUACAGUUUCUUGUGCUAACGCUGCUUUCAUUCAUAACUGUUCACCACUUUAUAUAUCGGUAUUCGCCAAUACUUCAACUGUCUCACAGCUGUGUACAAAUCCUCGAAUUUGCAGAUUCCCCACUUCAAUUAAGUAUACCAUAUCCUAUGAAAAUCUGGUAUGCACCAGUGGUGCAACAAAGAUUGCAUUUAAUUAUUUUAUUUUAAUAAUAGUUUUAGUUUUCUUUAAUUUAUAAUGAUUAAUAAA